AUCAUCCUGGCUUUAAUUUUUCAAUUUUACGACGACGUAUUCGUUCUCAUCGAACUCACUGGAUUCGCAUUUACUGUGGUUUCUGCGCUCGCCGUGUGCAGUCUGCUUUACAUCAGGCGAACCAAUCCUGGUCUUAACAAGUCUGGAUUCAAACUUCCAAUUUUUAUGCACAUCACUUACCUCUUCAUCAGUAUAAGCAUUGGCAUAUUCUCCAUCUAUGAUUCACCGAGUGACGCGGCCUUGAGCCUUGGCCUCAUUGGUCUUGGAAUUCCGGUCUACCUCCUGGGUGUCGUGUGGAAGAAACCCAAGGCCAUAGACAAUGUCUUAU